UAUCAGGAUUGGACAGGAAGUCCUUAUCGCAACAUCUAGCGCUAGGUGUAGUGCAAAUUGUCUGGCUUCCAAAGUUUACACAACAAUUCCAUUAGUAUGUUAAGCACCAAAAAGUGAUUGGCAGUUAACAUCAGGCCUAUAUACAGGAUAUCCUCCUCGGGCUGUUGACUAUUAUAUCGAACAUGUACAGCUUCAUGCACAUUUAGUUGUAGUGCUUUGCAAUUGUUUUGUGUUCUUUUAGAAGGAAGUCAGGAGAGUAUAUAAGAAUCUUGUUGAAGAUGAUGAGAAUUUUGAUGGGUGGAAUCUUGGACAUGGGUUAGCUUUAACAUAAUGAUCUGUAUACAUGUAAUCGUGUUUAUAGACCAAAAUUUACCCACUGAGUUCCCACAAUAAUUUUGUUUGCUAAAAAUUGGUACAUUAGCAGUACCACUAAUAGGCACCUCAGGUAUAUUCCUGGUAAACUUUCUAAAGCCACGGGUUAACUAACAAAUAUCGGAGGCUGUACGCUGCCUUCUAGAAGCCCGGGCUCGGCUGUUUCAGAUGCUAGAUGUUGGCUUCUGCAGACUCUGUCUCUCGAGACUUGCCGCUACCCCGCUUUCGGCUUCACGACGAUUCCUAGCUCUUUGGCAGUUAGCAGCAGCGCGAGUAUUUCCCAGUGUCUGACCGUCUUCUGUAGAGUUUGACUACUUUCUGCGGCAGUGAGAUCACAUUAUUGAGAUCUGGGAGUACAGCACCUGAAAAAUUUUUCUAUCCUCUGGUUCGUGUUUAGAACUACGUAGAGCUGUAAUGACAGCACCUGACUGCUAAACAAAAAAAAUGAGCUCCUUCGUAAGACUGGGUUGCUCGCUCCCGCUCACCAAUAAUUUUCAUAGUUUCCUCAACUUCGUGUGAAAUGGUGUAUUUAUUAAUUAUCUUUCCCAAGAGUGUCGAUCAAAUCUCCACAAAAUGAACAAACAAUAACAAGAAUUGUGAAGGAAGUUAAAGGAUUGAAUCCAACCUUUGAUGCUGCUGAUAUACGUGAGGCUGCAUAUCGCUUUUUUAAAACAAAGUCUGAAGAGGAUUCUCUUAAAAGAAAUGGAAUGGCAGAAAGAAAAAAAGUUACUAGAAGACGACAGGAACGUGUUACCCGGAAAAAGAGGGAGAGAGAAGGAGCUGUCCUAAAGAAUUCUAAAUUUACUGAAGAACAACGCAAAAAGUGGCUUGGUGUAAUGAAGCGAGAUUAUAUGUCAUCAGAGGAGAGUGGGGAUGAUGACUUUAUUGUUCUUCACCGACUUCCAUGGCGCAGUGAUUAUGUUACUAAGAUGUUUUCAAAGAUAGAUGCAUAUGUUAUUAGUAAGAAGAGCUCUCAGGCGAAACGGCAAAUGAAGCUAAGGAGACUCGGUGUUCCCUCCACUCGUCCUAAGCCUCAGAAUGCCCCAGAUUGGACAGUUAAAUCUGACUAAACUUUACCAAUGGAACGUGUGUAUUGCACAGGCUGUAAUGGUAGACAGUUCUGCAUCUUUAUUUCAGUGUGUUGUAUAUGCAAAACAUGUGACUUUUUUGCUGUAAAUGUUUCAUGCUGACACGUACCCUGCGUGUGGACUUUCGACUGUAUGAAAUGUGAACACUUCGUGUGUCCUGGGUUACCGACAUGUACCCUGCAUGUGGACUUUCGGCUGCAUGAAAUGUGAACACUUCGUGUGUCCUGGGUUACCGACACGUACCCUGCAUGUGGACUUUCGGCUGCAUGAAAUGUGAAC